AUGCCUGAGGGCAUCGACGACACAAUGGAGCAAAUCGCAGUUCACAGGGCGCUAUCGCCAGAACAACCACUAGCCCCUAGCCUCGUCACGUCCGAGUUACCUACCAGACAGCCCACUCCUACACCCGAAGCUGCUGCUGCUGCAUUGCCAUCCCCGUUCGCCGCAUCGCCUCCCCACGUUUCGCCACCACCUGAGCUCGGGUCCAUGGCGGGCUUUGACGAUAUCCUUCCGCUUCCAAGCUCCUACAACCCCGAUGUUCCGGCACUCCCUGUUCCAGUUGCCGACGUGGAUCAAGAACUCAUGUUGCAGCCGAUCGAGCAGCCGGCAGAGGAACCAGCUCUGGAAAGCGUGGCUGAGCGGAUCCAAGUGGACACCGACGUAGGCGAUGAAGAAGGCGAGCGGGAUCCUAAAUGGAGCGACGACCCAGCACUGGCAGCCAUGCUGGAAUCUCUCAGAGGUACCGAGGACUUGGAAGGCUUGCCUUCGUACCAGGCCGAUUCGGCUCCUAGUCAGGAGCAACAAGCCGCUCACGGUGCCAUUGAACAUGGCCACCUGACGGACGAAUACUCGACCUGGGGUCUUGGAGACAAAGACGGCAAUGGGCGUCAAGCCAGCUCGCCUCCCAGUUCCAUCGAGAUGUCUCCUAUCCCGGACCUGCCGACCGAAUUACCAGACGACGUCGAGAUCGCCCCCAUCGCCUCACUCCCCGAGGAUCUCGACGAAUCCGACAACCCCCUCAUGUCCUUGGGCGCCAUAUCUCACGCCGAGUCAUCGACAGCCGCAGCCACCAGGGCUCGUGAGGAACACUCUCAGACUCUGGGAGAAGUUGGCUCUGCGUCUCCUGCCGCCAGCCCUGUCGUCGUCGAAGAAGCUCGUACUCGCAAGCGUGCAAAGUCGCCGGUCGACGACACACCCACGGAACAGGAGUCUGAGAGCGAACGUGAUCAGACCAAUGCGGUAGAUGCUGGGAAGCCCAAGAGAAAGUACCGCAAGUUGAAGGAUAUCGAUGGAAAGCCACUGCGAGUGUCAAACAAGCCACGUAAGAGGCUCGAUGCGUCUCUUGGUAUCUAUCGAGAUGGAGACAAGCCUCUUGAAAAGGUUGCCCCUCGAGCUCCCACUGUUUCGGACAAGAAGCUCGAGGCAAUGUGCAUUGGAAAGACCCAGGAGCUUCAAAUCGCACCAUGUAUCCGCCACCGGUACGAUGGAUUGGGAAAGUGCACACAACUUGACCCUAAGACUGGAAAGGUCAAUGGUCCGGGCUGGUUCGAGUCCACAGAGCUGGAGAAGCCUAUGACGGAACUCCCACAAGAGUUCAACACGGACUUGUUAGAGAGUCACAUCAAACGGGCAGAGCGAGCUGUUGCGCCACUCCUUUUGCGUCUUGUCACCCGAGAGCUGCGGCACGUCGUCAACAAUAACGCCAUCCACCGUCCAAUCGACGCAGCUCAACACCGCUCUGUUUGCGACUUUUGUGCGUCCACAAUCUUUGCCGGCUUCUGGUUUUGCACAAAGUGCGGACGCGACUACUGCCUGCAAUGCGAGCGGUACUUUGGCGACAGCAACGAGACCAUGAACAUUUCUCCAUGGCCACUGCCUGACGCUGCCCGUCCUCGAGUGCACCGAUGCUCUGGCGGCAGGAAGGGUAGCCAAAUCAGCCACUUCCGCCCCGACCUCAAACCCACUUCUCGCUUCUCUGCCGAUGAGCUUCGUACCAACUGGUUGGCUCUUAUCGAUUUUGUUCUGGACCCAAGCGACAAAGUGAACAUCGACGAGCAGCUUCGAAUCAUGGGUAUUGACUCCACCAAGGAGCCCGCGCUGGCGUCCGUCGUGCGCGAAUGGUACCAGUCUCGCGAGAGCCAGCAGCACCCUCCUCCCUCGAGCCUGGCUAUGGCGCCUGAGCUGGUCGACGCUCUGUAUGAAGCCUCAAAGGAUCUCCCAACGGUCCCAGAUCCUGUAGGCCUCAGCUCGCAUCCAUUCAUCUACAUCGAUGCCGACCAGCUCACCGACGAAUUGUUCGACCAGCUCUGGAGCCGUGGUGAGCCCAUGGUCGCCCACAACAUUCUUCCUAGGUUCAAGAUGGACUGGGGACCCGACGAGUUUAUCCGGCGCUUCGGCACUGAGCCGUGCUACGUGAUGGACUGCCAGACGGAGAUCUCAAAGAAAAUGUCCAUCGGCAGGUUCUUCGCCCUCUUCAAGGACCGCCAGGGCGAGUACAUUCGUCCCAGCAAGACAUCAACUGCCCAGGGACCCAUGCGCAGCACCCAGCCAAACGAUGGCGCCCAUGCAUCGAGGACGCUUGCCAGUGCCACAAGCACUCCUGGUCCAGACACUGUUGAAUCAGCGUCUUUCGUGGAGACACAGGCGAAUGGCGACAAGUCGGGUAACGGCUCUGACAGGCCGGGUGACCUGGCUUUACGUGCCACAUCAGCCGCGCUACCUGUGCCCGCGUCACCAGCUGCACCUGCUGCUGAUUCGUCGUCGGCGACGCCCACCGCUGGUGUGGCAGCUAACGGCGAUGGAGACGUCAACGGUACAUCUGAACCGAACGACUUCGAGCCAUUGUUGCCAAAGCCGAAGGCAGCAGUGACCCAGGUGCUCAAACUCAAGGUGGGUAUUUGGACGACGGUCACCUUACUAACCCUCCAGGACUGGCCGUCGACAGAUGACUUCUCGACCGCCUAUCCCGACCUCUACAACGACUUUUGCGAUGCGCUCCCUGUCCCAGACUACACUCGUCGCAACGGUGUCUUGAACCUCUACUCCCACUUUCCUCCCGGAGCAACACGGCCAGACAUUGGACCGAAGAUGUACAAUGCGUUCGCUGCCCAGGAGGGACCGGACGGCCAAGGAUCCACCCGGCUGCACAUGGACGUCGCGGACGCCAUCAACAUUAUGCUAUAUGCCUCGGAUCGCCCAGACGGUUCUCCAGGCUGUGCGGUGUGGGAUCUGUUCCGCGCCGAAGACGCGGACGCGAUCCGCACGUUCCUCAAGGACAAGUAUUCGACGAGCCACAAGUUUACCGACCCGAUCCACGCGCAAAUGUUCUACCUGAACAGUGACCUCCGCCGCGAGUUGUUUGAGAAGCACGGUAUUGCCAGCUUCCGCGUGUACCAGUACCCUGGACAGGCUGUGUUCAUUCCAGCGGGCUGUGCGCAUCAGGUGUGCAACCUCGCCGACUGCAUCAAGAUUGCCUUGGAUUUUGUCUCGCCUCGUGAGUGGCAGUUGCUGAAAGGAUCCGCGCUGACGUCAGACAACGUCCGCCGCUGCCAGCGUCUUACUCAAGACUUCCGCGAGGAAAACUUCAAGCAAGCAUGGAAGGACGACGUGCUGCAGUUGUACAACGUCAUGUGGUACGCGUGGACCAACGUUCGCGAGACUCGCGAGCGCAAUGCCCUUGAGGCGGCCGCGUAUGAGGCCGAGAGGGUGAAGCGUGCCGCCCAUCUCAAGGCUCUCACCAACGACCCUUAUGAGCGGAUGCGCAACUUCCGGUCGCCUUUGACCAGUUCCGUGCGGGACGACCCAACGCCCACAUCACCACUGGGUUCAGACGAGCGAGGUACCGCUCAGGAACGAACUUCGCCCGCCAAGACGCCUGAGGGAGCAGAUAAGGAUGCCUCGGAUGUCGCUUCGGACUCUCCGGCGCAUGCACUCGCGCUUCGCCUGUUGGACGCAGUCUUGACUCGCGACCCUCCACCUCCUCCCCCACCUCCUGUGCCCAGCACUGGUGUACCCAUCAAGCCGGUCGCACCGGUCCGCCAGCCAACCCGCGAAAUGCCCCGUCGCGAAACGCCAGAGUCGCUCCGACUUUCGGACCAGAUCCGCGCGGGACAUGUGCCCAGUGCCCUGGCCCUGUCUGUGAUUUCAGCCGACCUGCGCGCUGGGUCGAUGGACCUCGACGACUUGAACCUGUAG